AUGUGGACGCAAGUCGAGCUGAAUAAGCCUUCCAGAAUCUUCAUCGUUUGCAUAUUAUUUUCUACAUUUAAAUUGAGCGACGCGUUCUUGGCAUCUGCAUUUUCAAGUCUUUCUGGAACCCAGUCUUCAAACUGUGAAGACUGGAGUGAGUACAGUCCGUGUUUUAGUACUAGUGAUCGUACAUUUUGGUAUCGCCUUCCGCAGCAAUGCUAUCGGAACAAGUUCAUGUCUCUGAUCACCGGAGUUGGAAACCCGAUUGUCCAGAAGAUCAUGAACUACGCAGAGAUGUUCAACAAAUCAGCGGAUGCCUGCGGAAUGUGCAAUAUACAGGUGUCGUGCAGUCCAAGUUGUACAAAUAUUGUUGGGGGGAAUCCGUUUGGAAUAGCUGACAAGCUCUGCGAUUUGCCUACUGAAAGUCAAGCAUGUGCUAUGACUCCACAAGCUUAUGAUUCACGUUCGGGUUUAUGCCACGUCUGGCCACCAAAAUUCACAACUGCCGUUGAAUUCUUCGGUCCGUUAGUACCACCAACAGUGCGUGAAACAUUGUGGAAUCUGAAACCAGUGAACUGCAUCAACAUCGGGAAAAAAUGCUACUGUUGCUGUUCGCCAUAUAUGCCAAAUCCAUGUGAUGCCACCUGUACCAUGACUCCAUGUCACAGUGGACAGUCAUUUACUACAGCAAAGAUCCUGUCGUUGCGCCAAAAAUGGUUACAGUCAAAAGGAUCAUAA